UUUGAAUAUUUUUCUUCAUUUAUCGCCCAUAUGACGGGAGGUAUUUUUUUAAAAUAAAGUUUCAAUAACAAAUUUAUGUAUCAUCGUAAUAGUAGUAUACAACAAAAUUGAUUCACUUGAUGAUUUAACAAUGAGCUCAAACCACGAGAAGGUCGGUAUAUUUCGGCUUUUCGUCGUAUCGAAAUGUUUUGAUUCUAUCACCGCCAAAGAGCAUCGAAUAGCCAUAAAGAAUUACACGAGUCCCGAAUUCGAGGAUUUGACAAGCGCUUUGAAGGAAGUCUACCCGACCAUGGAUUACGGCACAUACUCGUUAUAUUGCAGAUCUGGAAUGGACGAAUUGUGCCCAAUCGUCGAUUAUUCCUCGUUAGUGGUUGCUCUCAAAGAGAUGGUACGCAAUAGCGGAGCCCACUUGUACUUGAUCAAAAACGAUAUCAGAAGAUGGCUGGACGCGAGGCCGCAAUUAAGACGACAUCCAAACCAGAUCAAAUUAACGGUUGAGUAUGUCUCCAAAAAGAAGUUACAUGAAGAAAAUAAGGUCAGUCAAGCGUGUCAAUAUGAAAAUGUACCCACCUCGCCGAACAAAACCUCCUCCAAAAUAAAGUUACAUCAUACUAAGAAGAACCCUCGAAAGUUAAAAACAAAAUGACUAAUGAAAAAUUUAUAAAAACAUAUGAACUUGUAUACCUUGA